UCUGCCUCCCACCCGAGGGACCAUGUCGCGGCUCAGCUGGGGUUACGGCGAACACAACGGUCCUAUUCAUUGGAAUAAAUUUUUCCCUAUUGCUGAUGGGGAUCAGCAAUCUCCGAUUGAGAUUAAAACCGAAGAAGUGAAAUAUGACUCUUCCCUGCGACCUCUUAGUAUCAAGUAUGAUGCAAACUCAGCCAAAAUCAUCAGUAAUAGUGGCCAUUCCUUCAGCGUUGACUUUGAUGACACAGAGGACAAAUCAGUUCUGCGUGGGGGUCCUCUCUUUGGAAGCUACCGCUUGCGACAGUUUCACCUUCAUUGGGGGUCUGCUGAUGAUCACGGCUCUGAACACGUGGUGGAUGGAGUGAGAUAUGCUGCAGAGCUCCAUGUUGUUCAUUGGAAUUCAGACAAAUACCCCAGCUUUGUUGAGGCAGCUCAUGAGCCAGAUGGACUAGCUGUCUUGGGAGUAUUUUUACAGAUUGGUGAACAUAAUUCUCAGCUGCAAAAGAUUACUGACAUUUUGGAUUCUAUUAAAGAAAAGGGUAAACAAACGCGAUUCACAAAUUUUGACCCAUUAUCUCUGCUUCCUCCGUCCUGGGACUACUGGACAUAUCCUGGUUCCCUUACAGUCCCACCUCUUCUUGAGAGUGUCACAUGGAUCGUUUUAAAACAACCUAUAAAUAUCAGCUCUCAACAGUUGGCCACAUUCCGCACUCUGCUCUGCACGGCGGAGGGUGAAGCAGCGGCUUUUUUGUUGAGCAAUCACCGCCCGCCACAGCCUCUGAAGGGCCGAAAAGUGAGAGCCUCCUUCCAUUAAAAGUUGUCACCAGCGGACCACCCCAAACAUGUCCGUGGAGAAAAAAACAAAACACAAAAAUCCCUGCAAACAGCUCUUCCCUAGAAUUCUGAUUUGCGGGUACCAUUUUGCUCUCAGCUUCAGCACCACAAAGAAGAUCAGAUCUCUGUAAUCAAACUAACGUAACUCAUCCAUCUCAGAUUUGCACUCACGGGUAUUCAAGCAGUAAACAAUUGUUUGACAUGUGUUGAGACCCACAAAAUGCAUCUACUUCAACCUAUGUGAAAACGUGGCAGGCAUCGCAAAACUUCCGAAUGCAUUAAAAAGUAUCCCUUGCCCUAGAGAUUAAAUCAGUCGUAUCUCUCAGUAAUGUUUAGUCAAAAAAUUAAAAUCUUUUCCAGAAUGAUAAGAUUGUGAUAUCUUUUUCUACACAAGUGAGUCUGCUUAAUGUCUUGAUAUUAUUCCAAUUCAUUCCUUUUAAAGUGAAUUUUUGUUUUGAUUAUGUUGUUGAUCCCCAUUGCACGGUACCUUUAAUAAAAUGAACGAUAUGGGCAUUAAGGAGGGGUGGGGUAUAACUAUUCACUGUGUCCACUCCACAGCUCAAAAUUAACCCAUCCAAUUUUGUUGGAAAUUCCUCAGGGUAUCAAUGACUGUUUAAUGAAUUAUGCCCUAUAUCACACUCAUGCAGUAAUGUUAAUGAUAAACAGGUUAAUAAUUGACUAGAUGCCGUGCUUGCCAGUUUAUUGACAUGGUUUGAAACUAACAAAUUGGAAGGUACCAGACCGGGGGUGCAGCCCAAGGACAUGAGGAAUAGGUUACUUUUCCCCUGUGUUUUGGCAACAGAGCAGGGAGCAAUCCUGUGUAGGUCACUGUUCUGUCAAGUGGUGGAAAAUAUUUACUUGGGUCUCAUAUAAAUACACAAUCCAUCCACAAACCCUCCAACCCAUUUCCAUGUCAAAGCCAUCUCCCCUUUUAUACAUGUCCCUCAAUCUCACAAGUAAUUUUGUAAGCUGGCUCUUGAUAAUUCAUUUUAACCUAUUGUCUCAUAUAUUUUUGUUUGUUUUCGAUGAAGGCGGAUGGUGAAGGUCCUUUUGCUCUCUCUGGUGCGAGUGACACUAUUAACCACAUUUAAGACUUGAACACAUGGGACACUUCUGUCAUCUG